CAACCAGUUGAGACAAGAUUCCAACAAGCAAUGCUACAGGGAUCAGAGCUCCAAAGCUGCAGGCCUGCCGCUUUUGUAAUUGGUGAAUAAACAUAUGGCGAAUAGACAGAGCUAGUACCAUCCUCCCGCAGCCUCCUAAAGAUACUACUUUUAGAAUUCUUCUUUCAACAUUCGUACGCCAUAUGGAUACAUCAGACUUUUUCAAACUACACGGUUUCGAUUUUGUCUAAGGGAUUUUAGGGAAUAAUCAUGUUGCCUCCCUCAAAUACAUAGUUGCUUCUACAAUAAUGUAUCAUCUUGUCAUUGAUCUGCUUGUCCGGCUAGGCUCUCAACAAUGCAUUUUCACAAUCAAAUUGUUAUAAAUAGACCCCAAACACCAUAACAUUGCAAACACACAACUGAAAGUGAAGCUAGCCAAGAAAAUCUUUAGUUCCAAUGGGUUGCAAGAAGCUUGCCAUCCUAGCCGUCGUCUUUUUCGCUCUUCUAGCAUUUGCUCAAGGAACCGAACACAUAGUGGGUGAUUACUAUGGCUGGACUCUCAACUUCGACUACAAUGCCUGGGCCAAAGGCAAAGAAUUCAGAGUCGGCGACACUCUUGUUUUCAUGUAUGUUGUGGGAAAACACAAUGUCUUCAAAGUGAACGGCCCUGAUUUCCAAGCCUGCAAUGUACCCCCAAAGAGUGAGGAAAUGGCAACCGGAAACGACGUGAUAAUGCUUACGAGCCCAGGUCAGAAAUGGUAUAUGUGCGGCAAGGCCAAUGGUACCCACUGUCAAAAGGGUAUGAAACUGGUGAUCAAUGUGCUUCCGGCUAAUGAAAAAGCUCCUGCUCCGUACUAUUCAUCACCAUCGACAUGGAAAGCUCCACCUCCAUCAGGUUCACCAUAUACCGGACCGAAGCAACACGUUGUUGGAGAUGGGAAGGGUUGGACCCUCAAGUUCAACUACACUGCUUGGGCUGAGGGCAGACAAUUCAGAGUUGGAGAUACGCUUGUUUUCAAUUAUGCCGUUGGAGCUCACAAUGUUUUCAAGGUGAGCGGAUCAGCCUUCGAGCACUGCAGUGUACCGCCAGAGAAUGAAGCUAUGGCUACUGGGAAUGAUGUUAUUACCCUUGCAACUCCUGGAAAGAAAUGGUACAUAUGUGGAAAAGCCGAGGGCAUGCAUUGCUGGUCAGGGAUGAAGCUAGUUAUUGAUGUCCUCCCUUCUCCUUCAAUGGAGCAUGCUCCUGUAGCAGCUCCUUUGAAUUCUCCAGCAUUGGAGGCUCCAGCACUAGCUCCAACUUACUCAGAGUGGGAGACUCCACCUGUAGCCCCUCCCACAGGUCCGAGAAAAUUCUUUGUUGGAGAUGACAAGGGCUGGACUCUCAGUUUCAACUACACUGCUUGGGCUGAAGGCAAAGAAUUUCGAGUUGGAGACAUCCUAGUUUUCAAGUAUCCUGUCGGGGUUCACAAUGUUCUCAAAGUAGACGGUCCAAGCUUCCAAGCAUGCAAUGUACCUCCUGAAACUGAGGCUCUAUCCACUGGAUAUGACAAGAUCACCCUUGCGUCUCCAGGAAGAAAAUGGUAUAUGUGUGGAAAAGCCAGCGGCAAGCAUUGCCAGAUGGGGCAAAAACUAGUCAUUAAUGUCCUCCCCUCCUCUAAUGCCCCUUUGAAUUCCCCGGCAUGGAAGACUCCAGCUCCACCACCCUCUGCAUUGCCAGUACGAAAGCAAUUCAUAGUUGGAGAUGAUUAUGGCUGGACCCUCGACUUCAACUAUACUGCUUGGGCUGAAGACAAAGAAUUCCACGUUGGUGACAGACUAGUUUUCAAGUAUGUUGUGGGCAAACACAAUGUCUUUAAAGUUGAUGGCCCUGCAUUUCAAGCAUGCCAUGUGCCACCAGAGAGUGAGGCUCUGACUACAGGGUAUGACGUGGUCACCCUUGCAAGUCCUGGAAGAAAAUGGUAUAUCUGUGGUAAAGCAUACGGAGAGCAUUGCCAAAAGGGCCAGAAGCUGGUCAUUAAUGUCCUCCCAGCAACAUGGCAGAAUACUACACAACCUUCUCCACCCAAAUAUGCACCUAGUCCCCGACAUGGGUAUGGGAGGAAACUCUUCAAGUGAACAAUGGGAUAAGGCAGAUGAUUAUUGAAGAUUUUAUAAGAAUUUAAUACGGAGUGAUUUACUUUGAUCAAUUUAUGAUUCUUUUAGUUCACACUGCAUCGUAACAGUGAGUUCUUUUGUCAAACCAGUGUCCUAUUGUUUAAUUUAUGAUGAGAUGACUAAGCUAUUUCUGUAUAUUGUUGAGCAAUCAAACAAAGUAGUUCAGUACUAUAUAAAUAAAGAGCACUCCCAAUAAUGUAAGGUGGUUUUUUUUUAUCUUUUUCUUAGAUGUAGGGUUGCUAUAGAUAAAUCUAGAAGUCGCGUAUAUUCUAAAAAGAUCAUCUUCAACUAUCAGCCAUAGCAUCCCUUGUGAAAAUUUUGAGGAACGUCUAACCAAGCUCUUCUCAGGUGACAUUAAAAACUAGUUUUAGGUGACAUUUUCUGCGACUUGAAUCCAAUAAAACCUUUCCUCUUACUAUUCCUACACCCCCUUAAUCAACCGAGCUCUUCUCAGACUUUAGGUCCAGUAGCUCAUUCCAAGUUUAUUUAGAAGAUUUCUAAGAUACUGGAUAAGUUAAAAGAAAUAAGGGGCACAUGAAAGAAAGUCAAAAUAUACAUUUCAAAAUUCAUGCGCAACUUCUACAUAUUACAUUUCUUAGAACUGUAAGACAAGGUAAUCUGGUUGGAAAUUGAAGUUUAUUCUGCAAUUUAGGGGCUGGUCAGUUGGCCAAGAAACCAGGAAGCCACGUUAUAAGACACCUAUUUUCUAUAAAGUUUUCUUUUCUUUGGUUUGGUUCACACUUUGAAAUCAAUAGGGAGGGUGAGGUGGCACACUCGCACUAGUUGAUUUUACUCCAUUUCUUGGAAACCCA